AUGAUGAGUACUUCCAUGGCUUGUUUGAAUUUCAAUAAAUUCUACAAUGUCAUCAAUGGAGAAACGGUAUCCAGUACUGCGACUCAGCAUGGUAUCAACCCGGCCAAUAAGGAGUCAAACCCCCCGGUUCCGGUUGCCAGUUCCACCGACCUUGAGAAUGCUGUCACUGCGGCUCAAGUCGCGUUUGAACAAUGGUCGCGAUCCCCGCUUGAAGAUCGGCGUAAGGCUCUGUUCGCGUACGCUGAUGCAGUGAAUGCUGAAAAGGAUGGGUUCACCAGUCUGCUUACGAAAGAGCAAGGCAAACCUCUCUCCCAGGCAUCAGUCGAAGUUGAGAUGGCAGUGGCAUGGAUCAAGGGCCUGGCGAGCUUGGAGAUACCUGAGGUUGUGCUGGAAGAUUCAUCCGAGCGACGAAUUGUCCAACGAUUCACACCUAUCGGAGUGACAGCCGCGAUCGUACCAUGGAAUUUUCCAGUGCUCCUAGCAAUCGGAAAGGUUGUCUCGGCGCUGAUCACUGGAAACAGUAUCAUUGUGAAGCCGUCUCCCUUUACUCCAUAUACGGCGCUGAAAUUAGCCGAGUUGGCAAUCCCUUUCUUCCCUCCGGGACUGUUCCAAGCUCUCAAUGGGGAUGACCGACUCGGGCCAUGGAUGACGAGACACCCGAGAAUCCAGAAGGUCAGCUUCACCGGCUCAACAUUGACGGGAAAACGUGUUGCUGUAGCGUGUGCCGAGAGCUUCAAGCAUUGUACCCUCGAGCUAGGAGGCAACGAUCCUGCUAUCAUAUUCAAAGAUGUGGAUCUCGACGCCUUGGUCCCUAGAGUAUGCAUGAUGAUCAAACGCGUCUAUGUACACGAAAGCAUUUAUGAGGCAUUCCGAGAUAGGCUAGUUGCCUACGUGAAAACCUUGCUUGUCGGUAAUGGAGUCCAGCGCGAUGUGUUUUUCGGGCCGGUCCAGAAUGAAAUGCAAUACAACAAAGCUCGGGACUUGCUCAGCUCUAUCUCUGCAGAGGGGCUCCGUCCAGCGCUCGGUGGCAUCGUGGAAGAGUCGGCCGGCUACUUCAUUCAUCCGACCAUUAUCGAUAACCCACCUGACACUUCUCGUGUCGUUACCGAGGAGGCAUUUGCCCCCAUUCUACCACUGAUGAAGUGGCAGACGGAGGAGGAGGUCAUUGCCAGGGCAAACGCUGGCCCGACCGGACUCGGCGGUUCUGUCUGGAGCCGAGAUCUCGAUCAGGCCCAGCGUCUAGCGUCUCGCCUCGAGUGCGGCACGGUCUGGAUAAACUCUCAUUUCGCAGUCGCCCCCCACGUCCCCUUUGGCGGUCGUAAGGAAAGUGGCCAAGGCGUAGAAUGGGGAGUGGACGGCCUUAAGGCCUACUGCAAUCCCCAGACUGUUUGGAUCUUCAAGAAUGCCUAA